UCAUAUAGGUUUGGAAUGACUAAGGGAGAGUUCAUUUUUGGAUUGGACUAUCUCUGUAAUCAUUUACCUCAUUACGCUCCUAAGGUGAGCUGAAGUUGCACCGGAGUCCAUAGCAACUCAUCCAGAACUAAUUAAAACAUUCCAACACAACAAAACACUCAUCUGAUAGUGUACAUCGCAGCAUUCACGAGAGAGAGAGAGACUUUUACCUCUGACCAGUCUCCACCCAUAAUAGCCUGCCAUCCAGGAGGGAGUGGCUGACCGAGGGAGGGGAAAGAGAAAGAGAGAGAGAGGGAGAGAGAGAGAGGGAAAGCUGGAGAGCUCUGCGGUAGCAGUCAGCGCAAGAACCAAAGCAGAGAAAGACUGAAAGAGAGAGAGACAAGAGAAAAAAGAAGGUAGAUAGAGAAGGAAACAGUGGAAUUAGGGAGCUAAGAAAUAAAACAAAGGAGAAAAAGAGAGAGGGAAGUCUGGAAAAUCAUUUCAGACCAGGAAAGAAGAGGCUGGGGGAAAAAAAAGACAGACUCAUAAUUUAAAAGAAGUCUUGGACUUCACAUUGGAGACACAUGUCCAUGCGUGGACUGUUGCUGCUGCUGUGAUCUGUCAUUCCUCCUCACAGCGUGUGUGUGUGUGUGUGUGUGUGUGUCUUCCUGAGAGACUGAGGAUAGUGUGUGUGAGCCUGUCGUUCCUCUGGAGUCUACGGGACCAUGGCACCUGUCAGGAACGGAUGAACUUGAGGCUUAAAGGACUCGCGAAGAAAAAGAAAGAGAAAACAGCUGUAAGAGUGAAAGCUUUCAGUGUACAGAGGAAAAUCCACAUACACAGCAUCACUAUAACAUCAAGCAGGACGACUGAGAGGCGUCACAGCAACAGCUGCCACGACAACCAGCAUCCCAUUCAACCAUCUGUGUGGCAGCUGUCUGCGGUUUAUAACUGAUAAGAAGUUCUGGUCCUACACAGAAGAUGAUGACUGUGAUGAUGAUGAUGUGUAGCUCGCUGGUCCUUCUUGGGCUGAUUGGCAUCAGUGUUACAUCCAGCGGAAGCUCAACGUCCUCACCCAGGAUGAAGCUGUCUUAUAAAGAUCUUCAGCAGUUUAACGGCGUUAAGCGGUUUGACUUGGAGCGUUCGUGUUGUUUUGGAGCUCUCCUGUUGGAUGAAGAGAGGGGGCGGCUGUUUGUUGGAGCUCGCAACUUUCUGUUAUCUCUCAGUCUCGACAACAUCAGCAAACAGGAACAGAAGAUCUACUGGCCAGCGCCUGUUGACUGGAGAGAAGAGUGCAACUGGGCCGGGAAAGACAUCAAUACGGACUGCGUAAACUAUGUGAAGGUGCUACACCACUUUAAUCGGACUCACCUUUACGCCUGUGGGACGGGGGCUUUCCACCCCACCUGUGCUUAUGUGGAGGUGGGACAGAAGAUAGAGGAUCAUGUGUUUAGAAUCGACCCCUCUGUGGUAGAAGACGGAAAAGGAAAGAGUCCAUAUGACCCACGCCACACAUCAGCAUCUGUUCUAAUUGGUGAUGAGCUUUAUGCAGGUGUGGCCACUGAUUUGAUGGGACGGGACUUUACAAUCUUUCGCAGCAUGGGACAAAGGCCCUCCAUACGAACAGAACAGCACGAUUCUCGCUGGCUCAAUGAGCCCAAGUUUAUAGCGGCAUUUGGUGUUCCAGAGAGUGAGAAUCCUGAUGAUGACAAAGUCUUCUUCUUCUUCAGAGAAACCGCUGUGGAAGCUCAGGGAUUUGGGAAGGUUACAUAUUCGCGGAUUGGUCAGCUGUGCAGGAAUGAUAUGGGAGGACAGCGCAGUCUAGUAAAUAAGUGGACAACAUUUCUAAAGGCUCGUCUUGUGUGCUCUGUACCAGGCAACGAUGGCACUGAAACACAUUUUGAUGAACUUAGGGAUGUGUUCCUGCUGCAGACCCGUGACCGAAAGAACCCGCUGAUCUACACCGUCUUUACCACCUCAAGUAGCGUAUUUCAAGGUUCUGCGGUGUGUCUCUACACCAUGAAUGACAUUCGCCGGGCAUUUUUAGGACCUUUUGCCCAUAAAGAGGGACCCAAUUAUCAAUGGGUUCCAUUCCAGGGUAAAGUGCCGUACCCACGGCCAGGCAUGUGUCCCAGUAAAACGUUUGGGAGUUUUGAGUCCACUAAAGGUUUCCCUGAUAACGUAAUCCAGUUUGCAAGGCACCAUCCGUUAAUGUUUAAUCCAGUCACUCCACUGGGAGGACGGCCAUUGUUCCUGCGUACUGGAAUACCAUACACUUUUACUCAGAUUACUGUAGACCGCGUCAAUGCAGCUGAUGGACACUACGAUGUAAUGUUCAUUGGCACAGAUGUCGGCUCUGUGCUGAAGGUGAUCUCUGUGCCCAAAGGAAGCUGGAGUAACACAGAGCUUCUGCUAGAGGAGCUUCAGGUCUUUAAGGAUUCUUCAUCUAUUAUCAGUAUGCAGAUUUCCUCAAAACGGCAACAGCUGUACGUUGGCUCAGACACAGGUGUUGUCCAGGUGCCUCUUCACCGCUGCAGUAUGUACGGUAAAGCUUGUGCCGAGUGCUGCUUGGCUCGAGAUCCGUACUGCGCCUGGGACGGACACACCUGCACACGCUACCUGCCAAAUACAAAACGGAGGUUCCGGCGCCAGGAUGUGAGGAAUGGGGAUCCUAAUGCACUCUGCUCAGGAGACCAUCAGAAGCAGCGUGUCCUGGAGAAAAGGCUGUACGCCGUGGAUGGAAGUAGCUCCUUCCUGGAAUGCAUCCCGAAAUCACUACAGGCCCAGAUUACAUGGACCUAUCAGAAGCACCCGGAAAACCCACGGGAGGAGGUUCGUCUAGAUGAUCGUGUUUUGCAGACAGAGCGAGGCCUGUUGCUAAGACGAGCCGUGCGUAGAGACGGCGGCGUGUAUCAGUGUCACGCGAUGGAACACGGAUUUACCCAGACCCUCCUCGCAAUCACGCUGGAGAUUUUGCCUUCGGGUGGCUCCGCCCCUUCAGCGCCUAUCCCUCGCAGCCCCGCCCACUCCCACGCCAAUCAUGGGCAGCCCACCAAUCAAAAGCUAUGGUACAGGGACUUCAUGCAGUUGGUGGAUCACCCAAACUUAAACACAGUCGACCAGAUCUGCGAGCAAGUUUGGUCACGCAAACACAGCCUAACAGGGAAGAGCUCCCCAGAUCCAGCCAAUGAGGCGCCGGUUCACGACUCGCUGCACUCUAAAAAGUGGAAGCACCUGAAGGAAGUGAGGAAAGGGCGAAAUCGCCGAACGCAUGACGGACGACCCGCCCCGAGAGCACCGCGGAGCGCAGGAGAGUAGCAGGGGAUGAGACGGAGUGUAAAUAUAGAGACUGAAAGACAGAAAGAAAGAGCAAAAACCACUGGAGGUGGACAGAUUCUCACACAGCAUCUCAUUCAGUGACUGUUUAUCGCCUGUUUCUGCUUCUUAUUACCCCUGUGAUGACACUCCACUGCUUGUUAUCAGUCUCUAUAUACUCUAUUGCCCUCAUCUCCAGCCUGAAGGCUCAAUCUAGUGCUCCCACGACCCCAAUCCCGCUCCCGCCAGCAUCUAUUACUCCUGAUGGUUAUCCAGAAACCCACACUCCAUCCAGUUCAUCUAAAUACUAACACAAACUCAAGAGGUCCUAAAGUCCAAAAAAAUCCCUUUGAAUUGUAACAGGAAAGCUUUGAUUGGAAACUGAAGACACAACGAUGUGCAUGCGCUGCAUAACACAAGCUCUCGUGGACACACAUCGAGUAAAUCCAUGCAUAAUCUUCUAUGUUUUCAUAUGGGUGUUUGUGCAACAUGUGUUCUGUAGAUUAGAUUCCUCUCUCACUUUGGCCCUGAAACAGAGACCUCAGACCCUUGGCUCACCAGCACCAAAAGAACAUCACUCUUCUUUCACUGCUUGAGGACUUAAAACAACAUUUCAAGCACUCAAAAAACAAAAAAGGAGAAAAAACACUGUACAUUUGUGGCCUGGUAAGGUUGUAGCUACUGUUUCAGUAAAUGUUUUUUCAUAAACCUUGCAAGAGUAAGGUCAGUGAGCUUUACAUUUCUGCCGGUUCUGUAAAGCCUAGUUGUUUUGAGUUACUAAGUUAUGUUUCAGGUGUUCUGAUUAAGACUGAGAUGGACAAGGCAUUAAUGUACAGGGGCAUUGUGGGUAGUGUGGUCUGAGACCAGGUGAGGAAAUAUACAAAGAAACUUUUUUAGACACUUUUAGAUCUAAACUUACAACUAACCGAAUAUCAGUAUAGUUAUGUGUCUGUGUAAGAAAGAUUUACCUGUUUUUUAUACCAUAUUCACGUUAUUCUUUAACGCGGAGGUAAGACUUCCGGUUCUGUAGCCGCCAUAGGGAAAUACAACGUGCAGUAAACGGUAAAACCUUUGCACUACAAACCAGUGUGUUCAUAAUUAAGAUAAUACAUUAAAAUAAUAUAUAAAGACACACAAUACAUUUAAAUAUCAAGCAGCAAACGAGCUGUUUGUACAGCAAAAAAUUGCUGGACUGAUAAGACCGGAAGCCAGAUAUCGUUACAUAAAAUGUACACAUUUACAGCAUCAUAUACUGUAAAACCACAGCUAAUGCAAUAUGUAUGCAAGUACAUAAUGGGAUAAAUCAGAAAACGCAGAUCUAAAGCCUUCUCUGAAGAGAAGAAGCAAGAAAAUGUACCAGAGAAAAAUGUCUUUAGCUCUCACUCUGACAAUUCAGAUUAAUUUUUAAUAUUACACAUCUAAAGAGUAUAGUCAAUGGUCCAUUUAUUUUUCAUUGAGUCUUUCUGUCUUUUAAAAAUAGCAGUGUUGAAUUUGUCAGUAAAAUGCAUGUUUACAAACGUUUGAUGCCAAAUGUCUUUAUUUUAUUCCGUUGGAAAUGCGGUAAUAGAAGCGCGUCAGACAAAUUCUAAACAUUAAACGUUACCAUAGUAACACAGCGUUCUACAGAAAUACCGUAGUUAGGCUACUUUAAUAACUGUGGUAACUUGAUAUCCACCACCACAAAAAAGAAGAAACUGAAAGUUUGUACAGUAUUUUGGACAUAUGGUGGUUAGCAAGGUAAAUGGAUAGUGCUGGCGGCGGAGGAGAGAGCUUGAGCGCCCUCUUCUGGUGUCUGUGGGUAUUCGUGGUUUCUGCUGUGUCGGGGAUGAGAGAAACGUGGCAUUGUAAAAUAAUCAAAUCCGAUUCAUUUUAAAUGGAUGUGAGUGUUUUGAGCGGAACCGGUGGAUUAUCAUGUGGUAGUAUUUAUAUCAGUUUUCUAAAAGUUGUACUUAAUGUUUUUUUUUUUUUUUUUUUUUUUUUUUUGUUU